AUGCAGACGGUGCUUCCUUAUUCGUUUCUCUUGGCGCGUUACCUGCAAGCGGUAUCAUGUCACGAACUUACCGUAGUCAACGGUGAACUCGGCCAGGGGCUAACAAGGAAUUUUAAAGAAGAAAGCCAAACCGGCGGCAACCCGGCUUUCCUUGACUUCGACUUGAAUGAGCUUCCGAGCGCAGAGAGUCCGGAGUUGCAGUCUCCCACCGAGUCUUCAAGCCUGCUUCCUGUCUUCUCUGGGCAACUCCGCGGGACUCUGGACCGUCACCUACCUGCCGUAUACUCGGAUUUGGAAGAGGAAAGUCGCGCUUCAAAGCGUCCAAGAUUGACAAACAUCAAGCCAGACCACGGCCGGUGGGGAUGCGACAAGCCCGCUGGCUAAUAGUGAACUUUCACAUCACCCAAGCCCCAGCUUGGCCUUGCAAAAGUUGAAAAGAAAAGCUCAGCCCAGCCGUG